AUGAGAAGCAGUGGCACUUCUCUCUUGAGAAAAAGAUGUUUGGCUACUUCUGUCCAUCCAUCUGCAUCUCAGCUUGAAUCUUUGAGUAAAUAUCCAGUUGGUCUUAACGUUCACGGUUACGUUAUUGAAAACGUUCAGCCAAUUCCAGAGUUUUCUUUAGUUGCUGUCAAGUUGAAGCAUGGUAAAACUGGACUGCAGCAUUUACACUUGGACGCUCCUCAUGAUAAGAAUAAUGUCUUUCUGGUUGCAUUUAAAACAAAUCCUCCGGAUUCAACUGGGGUACCUCAUAUUUUAGAACAUACUACUUUAUGUGGUUCUGCAAAAUAUCCAGUGAGGGACCCAUUCUUUAAGAUGCUUAAUCGUUCAUUAAGUAAUUUCAUGAAUGCUAUGACUGGUCAUGAUUAUACUUUUUAUCCAUUUGCAACAACUAAUCAAAAAGAUUUCGAAAAUUUGAUGGAUGUUUAUUUAUCUUCAGUUUUCGAACCUUUAUUAUCCUAUGAAGAUUUCAUGCAAGAAGGAUGGAGAUUAGAACAAUCUAACCUUGAUGAUCCAAAAAGUGAUAUCAUUUUUAAAGGGGUUGUUUAUAAUGAAAUGAAGGGUCAAUACUCAAGUACCGCAUAUUAUUAUUGGAUUAAAUUUCAAGAAUCAAUUUAUGCCUCAUUGAAAAACUCUGGGGGUGAUCCUUCCAAAAUUACUAAUUUACAAUAUGAAGAUUUAAUUGAUUAUCAUUCUAAUAAUUAUCAUCCUUCAAAUUCUAAAACUUUUACCUACGGUUCUUUACCUUUGAUUAACCAUUUGCAAAAAUUAAAUGAAACUUUGAUUCCAUUUGGUAAUCGUCAUGCCAAACCAAUUGUAAGAAAACCUAUUUUCCUGUCAAAUAAUUUACCAAAAGAUAAAUUUAAUGUCGUUGUUAAAGGUCCUGUUGAUACCAUGUCAAGUAAACCUGCUAAUGAGCAAUAUCAAUCUUCAAUUACUUGGGCUAUUGGUAACCCUCUUGAUGAAUCUCAACAGUAUGAUAUUUUUAAAUGGAAAAUUUUGAGUUCCUUACUUUGUGAUGGUCACAAUUCACCAUUUUAUCAAGAAUUAAUCGAAACUCAAUAUGGUGAAGAUUUUUCAAUCAAUUCGGGUUUGGAUUCGACAACUGCUCUUUUAUCUUUUAGCAUGGGUCUUAACAACCUUUCAUUAGAGAAAGUUGAAGGGUUGGAAUCUAAAAUUAUUCAAAUAUUGAAUGAUAAAGUAUUGCCAGAGUUUUGUAAAGGCUCAGAAAGUAAAUACACUGAAAGAAUCGAUGCACUUUUACAUCAAAUUGAAUUAAAUUUCAAGAAACACAAACCAGAUUUUGGUUUGGGUCUUUUAAGCUCGGUGGUUUCUUCGUGGGUGAAUGGUCUUAAUCCAAUUAAAACUUUACAAGUUGAAAAUAUUUUGAAUAGAUUCAAAGAAGAUUAUUCUCAAAAUGGUUUAAAUCUUUUCAAAGAAAUGGUUGAGAAUACUCUUUUAAAUGAAAACACUCAAAGAUUUAAAUUCACCAUGGAACCUUCCGAAAGCUUUAGUAAGGAUUUGGUUAAUGAAGAAGCUCAAAGAUUAAAUGAAAAAGUAUCUCAAUUGAAUGAAGAAGAUAAAGAUAUCAUUUAUCAAAGAAGUAAAAUGUUGUUGGAAAAUCAACAAAAACAAGAAGAUGUUUCAGUUUUACCUACUUUAACCCUUAAAGAUAUUUCAAGAACUGGGGAUUUCUAUCCUUUGCAAUUCACAAAGUUUGAUAAUGAUUCAAAAAAGAUACAAAAAAGAAUUGUUGAUAGCAAUGGCUUAAUUUAUGUUACUGGUGCAAAAGACUUAUCUUAUUUCCCACCUAAAUACUACAAAUACUUACCUUUAUUUAAUAGUUGUUUGACCAAUUUGGCUGGUACUUCAAAAACAUCAAUAGUUGACUUAGAAACCAAAAUUCAAAGGCUCACCGGUGGUAUCACUUUCAAUGUUAGUGCUAAAACCGAUCCUUAUAAUAUUGGUCAAACCAAAUUAAAAUAUUUAAUUAAUGGUAUGUCAUUAAAGGACAAAUCCCAAAAUAUUUAUGAUUUAUGGAGCGAAAUUUUGAAUGAUACAAAACUUGAUCCUAAUGAUGAAAUUGUGGUUGAUAAAUUAUAUACUCUUAUCAAGAAUUUAGCUCAAAAUCAAAUUAAUAUUAUAGCUGAAAGAGGACACUCUUAUGCUAAUGCACAUUCGAAUGCUCGACUCACUCCUACAAAGUAUGUGAAUGAUUUAUUAGGAGGCUUAGAGCAAGUUAAGUUCAUUACAGAACUUAACCAGAACUUGGAGAAACGUGGUAAGGAGUUCUUAACCAGCGAACUUUUACCUAUCUUGCAAGAAAUUAGAAGUUUGAUUGUCAAUGGCUUCACUGAAAAUGGCAUCGGUGGUGGAUUUGAAUACAAUUUGGUUGGUGAUAAAGAUGCGGUCAUAGAGAAUGAAACUUUGGUUCAGACUUUUGACAGCUCUUUGAAAUCAAGCAAUGAUUACAUUUCCAAGAGCAACCAAAUUUCACAAUUGACCUCAAGUUUUGCCUCUAACAAUUUGGGUUUGGGUAGCAAAACUUUGAUAAAUCUCCCAUUCCCAGUUGGAUAUGCUUCAUUAGCCAAAUUGGGUGCUGAAUAUACUAGUAAAGAUGGUGCUUCAUUACAGGUAUUAUCACAACUCUUAACUUUUAAACAUUUACAUUCUGUUAUUAGAGAAGCCAAUGGUGCUUACGGUGGUGGUUUGAAUUUUGAUGGUUUGGGUGGUACCAUUAACUACUACUCUUACAGAGAUCCAAAUCCUCUCAAGUCGAUUGAUUCUUUUAAAGCCACUCCUCAAAUUGCUGUUGAUAAAAUCACCAGUUCAUGGGACUUGAAAGAUUUGCAAGAGGCGAAAUUGGCCAUCUUCCAAAGUGUUGAUGCACCAAGUCAUAUUGCAAGUCAAGGCUCGUCAAACUUUUUGGAAGGCAUCACUGAUGAAAUGAGACAAGAAAGAAGAGAAAGGUUUUUAGAUGUUAAUCAACAAGAUUUACAAUCUGUUGCAGAGAAAUAUUUGGUCAGUAACCAAGAUGUCGUAUCCGUUAUUGGUGAUGCUGAAAAUUUGAAGGUUGAUCCAUCUUGGGAAAUCAAAUCUUUAGCUGCAAUUAUAGAAGCUUAA